AUGUUUGGCAUAAACGCUGGAAAACAAUGUGUUGCCAUGACAAUUUAUGUUAUUGUAUACAAUGAAAUAAAAUCUGUUAAUAUUUGGGAUACACCACUUAUGAACAUGCUUCUAGUUAAUGCAAACAAUCUUUAUGCCAUAAUUAGUCAGCACAUUCAGAAAGAUUUCUUGUUGCUCACUGAUGUUCCUGAAAUAUUGUCUAUCAACAAUGAUACUUUUAAUUUGGAGUACAGUGACUCUUUUUCUGGAGAAUUAUGGAUGAAAUAUAACAAUGAACCGUAUGUUACACUUGGACAUGCCUUUCAUGAAGUAUUUAAUGCUGGUAAUUAUAAAGCAUGUUUACUUACUAUUGGAGCAAACACUGUUGCAGUUUUAAUGCCUUUCCCAGAUGUACUUAAAGUUUUUGAAUCUCAUUCACGAGAUAUGCAUGGAAUACCAGCAGCAAUGGGUUAUAGGGUUUUAGUUUCUAUUGAAGGAAUUCAAAACCUUAUAAUUUUUUUUCAUAACAGUUGUAACUAUCCUGGACACAAUAGCGAAAAUAGUCUAUUUGAAUUGAAGGGUGUUAAAUGUCAUAGAAAGAUUUCAUUGUCAAACAGUUUGGAUAACACAACGAACGACGACACAACAUCAAAUAACCAUGAACAACUAACAAAACAACAAGAGUCAGGUAUAGAAAGAGAAAACAGACUUGCAAAGCUAAGAGAGAAGCAAAGAGAGAAAAGACAACAAGCAAAACAAAAAGAGUCUGUUGCAGAGAGAGAGAAUAGACUUGCAAAGCAAAGAGAGAAAAGAAAACAAGAAAUUGUUUCAGAGAGGGAAAAUAGACUCGCAAAGCAAGGAGAGAAAAGAAAACGAGAAACUGUUUCAGAGAGGGAAAAUAGACUUGCAAAGCAAGGAGAGUAA